AUGCAUGAGGUAUCUAACAUUUACAUCAUCACAGCUAUCGCUGUGGUUGGUGGUGCUCUCUUCGGUUUCGAUAUCAGUUCGAUGUCUGCGAUUAUCUCCACCCAACACUACCUUUGCUACUUCAACCAAGGCCCCAACUUCUUUGGGGAAAUUACUCCAACUAACCCGAAGGGUCUCUGCAGUGGCCCUAGGCCUGCUAUUCAAGGCGGAAUCACCGCGGCUAUGCCCGGUGGUUCCUGGGUUGGAGCUCUCAUUUCCGGUUAUCUAACUGAUCUUCUCGGUCGCAAAAAAUCCAUCCAAGUCGGCACUAUGUUUUGGAUUAUUGGAAGUGCCAUCUCUAGUGGUGCUCAGAACAUCGGUAUGCUUAUUGGCGGACGCUUUAUCAACGGUUUGGCGGUUGGUAUCUGCUCCGCCCAGGUUCCUGUCUACAUCUCAGAGUUGGCCCCUCCUUCGCGCAGAGGUCGACUAGUUGGAACACAACAGUGGGCCAUUACGUGGGGUAUUCUGAUUAUGUUCUACUUGUCUUACGGAUGUACAUUCAUCGGACCCGAGAACGGCACAGCUGCCUUCAGAGUUCCGUGGGCUCUGCAGAUGAUUCCCGGCAUCUUCCUCUUCCUUGCGCUGUUCUUUAUGCCGGAAUCCCCUCGCUGGCUGGCUAAGAAAGGUCGCUGGGAUCAAACUCAAGGGAUCAUCACCGCCAUCCAUGGCAAGGGCGACACUACCAAUCCCUUCGUCAGGGCUGAACUGGAAGAAAUUGAAUAUUUCGUCAAUCUGGAGAAGACUAAUGAUACCACGUACUCUGACCUUUUCAAGCCAGAUAUGAUCUUCCGAACCCACGUCGGUGUCUUUACACAGAUCUGGAGUCAGCUGACAGGAAUGAAUGUCAUGAUGUAUUAUAUCACCUAUGUGUUCGCUAUGGCCGGAAUGAAAGGCAACACCUUACUUGUGUCAUCCUCGAUUCAAUUCAUCAUAAAUGUCGUCAUGACCGUCCCCGCACUCAUCUGGGUCGACAAAUGGGGUCGCCGCCCUACCCUCAUAGCCGGUGGACUCCUCAUGUGUACUUGGAUGUUCGCCACAGGUGGGAUUAUGGGCGCGAACGGCCACAUCGUACCCGGGGGCAUCGAUGGAGUCAAAGCUGUGUCGUGGGCCGUCAACCCAGGCCCCGCAGCAAAAGCUGUCGUGGCAUGCACAUAUCUCUUCGUCGCCUCCUUUGCGCCCACAUGGGGCCCCGUCUCCUGGAUCUACCCGCCCGAACUCUUCCCACUCCGCUUCCGCGGCAAGGCUGUGGCGCUGUGCACAUCCGCCAACUGGAUCUUCAACUUCGCUCUCUCUUACUUUGUCCCACCAGCUUUUGAGAACAUUCAAUGGAGGGCAUACAUGAUCUUUGGCGUUUUCUGCGCCGCAAUGACCAUCCACGUCUUCCUCGCCUUCCCCGAAACAGCGGGUAAAUCUCUCGAAGCCGUCGAAGAGAUCUUCACGAACCGCAUACCAGCAUGGAAGACACGUGUCACAACCAACGUUACCAUCGCAGCCGAGCAAGGAGAUGUUGAGGCUACGGGCACCUUUUCUGAGCAUACCAAGAUGCACACGCGAGAGGAGAUACGACAGAUCAACGCUACGACCACGACCACGACCAACGGCAACACUACCUCUGCGACAUCGUCACCCAAAUCCAAGGAGCAUGCCACUACCACUGUCUAA